AUGGCGCUGUUUUCUGCAGCGGCAAUAGGAGACGUCCAGAAGAUACAAUCAUUAAUCGACUCAGAAGACAAGUCCGAGGAUUCGAGAGGAGUUGAUGUAAACUGCUCGGAUGCAUCUGGCAAGACACCCCUUCACAUUGCUUCGGCAAACGGACAUUUGCAAACGGUUAAAUGCCUAACCAAUCAUGGAGCAAAGGUGAAUGUAAUCGAUGCUAACCUACAGACAUCGGUUCAUUUAUGUUCAAAGAAAGGCCAUCUUCAUGUGGUAGAGCUGUUAGUGAACGAAGGAGCAGACAUUAAAAUUGGCGACAAAGAUGGGUUUACAGCUCUUCACAUAGCAUCAUUCGAGGGUCAUGUUGACAUUGUCAAAUACCUUGUUAGUAAAGGGGCAGAGCUGGAGAGACUUGCUAAUGAUUAUUGGACACCUCUACACCUUGCAUUAAAUGGUGGCCAUCUUGACCUUGCAGAGUACCUUUUGACAGAAGGAGCCAACAUUAACUCGUGUGGUGAAGGUGGAUGUACAGCUCUACAUGCUGCAUCACAAACUGGUAAUAUUGAUGGAGUGAAAUAUCUAACUAGUCAAGGAGCAGAGCAAGAUAAGAUCACUGAGGAUGGUUGGACCGCGCUUAGUCUGGCUUCAUUUAGGGGACACCUUGACAUUGUCAAAUUUCUCGUUAACGAAGGGGUAGAGGUUGACAAAGCACUCAGGAACGGGAUGACACCAUUGUGUCUUGCAACAGAAAAAGGCCAUUUGGGUAUUGUCGAAGUCUUACUGAACGUAGGAGCAAAUAUUGAUGACUGUAACCGAGACGGGCUAACAGCACUCCACAUUGCAGCGUCCAAUGGACACGUUGAAAUAGUGCAUCAUCUCAUUAGCAAAGGGGCACAUCUUGACAAAUGUGACAAAACCGAAAGGACACCCUUGUUUUGUGCUUCUCAAAAAGGCCAUAUUGAAAUCGUCGAGUAUAUCGUGAACAAAGGAGCAGGCAUUGAAAUUGGUAAUAAAGAUGGGUUUACAGCUCUUCACAGUGCAUCCCUCAAGGGUCAUCUUGAUAUUGUCAAAUACCUCGUUAGCAAAGGGUCAGACUUGGGGAGACUUGCUAAUGAUUACUGGACACCUCUACAUCUUGCCUUAGACGGUGGCCGUCUUGACAUUGCAGAGUACCUUUUGACAGAAGGAGCCAACAUUAACACGUGUGGUAAACGUGGAUAUACAGCUCUGCAUACUGCAUCACAAACUGGUAAUAUUGAUGGAGUAAAAUAUCUAACCAGUCAAGGAGCAGAGCUGGAUAGGAGCACUGACGAUGGUUGGACCGCGCUUAGUUUGGCUUCAUUCGGGGGACACCUUGAUAUUGUAAAAGUUUUCGUUACGGAAGGGGUGGAGGUUGACAAAGCACUCAAGAACGGGACAUCACCCUUGAGUCUUGCAACAGAAAGAGGUCAUCUGGGUAUUGUCGAGGUCUUACUGAACGUAGGAUCAAAUAUUGAUAGCUGUAAUCAAGUUGGGGGUACAGCUCUUCACAACGCAUCAUUCAAGGGUCAUCUUGAUAUUGUCAAAUGCCUUCUUAGGAAAGGGGCACAGCUUGACAAAUGUAACAAUAACGACAGGACACCCUUGUCUUAUGCAUCUCAAGAAGGACAUCUUGAAGUCGUCGAGUAUAUCGUGAACAAAGGAGCAGGCAUUGAAAUUGGUGAUAAAGAUGGGGUUACCGCUCUUCACAUUGCAUCAUUCAAGGGUCAUCUUGAUAUUGUCAAAUACCUUGUUAGGAAAGGGGCACAGCUUGACAUAUGUGACAACAACUACAAGACACCCUUGUCUUAUGCUUCUCAAGAAGGCCAUCUUGAAGUCGUCGAGUAUAUCGUGAACAAAGGAGCAGGCAUUGAAAUUGGUGAUAAAGAUGGGUUUACAGCUCUUCACAUAGCAUCACUUAAGGGUCAUUUUGAUAUUGUAAAAUACCUUGUUAGUAAAGGGGCAGACCUGUGGAGACAUGCAAAUGAUUACUGGACACCUUCACGCCUUGCUUUUAAUGGCGGCCAUCUGGAUAUACAUGACUAUCUCUUAAAUAGAGAAGCAACAAAGAUCGUUAAGCCAUUCAUUGGGUUUAAAGAGGAGCACUAUGACUACCUUCGCAGUACGUUUGGUAGUGAGGCUUUCCCUGGCUUAAUGCCCCAAUACUCCCGAACAUACGAUCCAUAUCUUACCAGUCCACAAGACAGCUCUCGCUCCUCGAGGAAGAGUAUCACAGAAGAGACGAUGAUUAUAAGUCUCGACGAGUACAGCAUCAAGGUUCCAAUUUCACCAGACGAUGUGGACAGAGCCAAAUAUAUCACAGCAGAAGCAUUGACAACCAUUCCACCUGACUUAAACCUGGACAAAGACGAAGUUAUCAUCUCAGUUGGGCUCAAGCUAUCCCCUCCUGGUCUUCAGUUUAAAACUCCGGUGGAAGUCACGGUCUCACAUAGCGCUAUUUUCACCAACCCAGACAAGGCAGAAAUUGUGCUAUACACCCGAAGGACUGGUAAGAUCUUCCUAUUAUCAUAG